AUGGUGUACCUGACGAAGCAGGCGCCGAAAUUGUUAAGAAACAUUGGUGGAAAGCGGCAUGCCGGCGAGGACGACCAUGAAGAACCCGCGUCCAAGAGGCAGGCGAAUGACAACACUUCGUCUACAAAUCAGCAGGAAGAAAUCGAUGUCAAUGCCGAGCCCGUGUCCUCCGACGAUGAAUCGCAUCCUCCCCCACCUCAACCGGUCCAACCCGCGAAACCCACUAUACCUACGUCGAAGAAUACCGAAGAUACAACUCUGAGAAGACCUCAGAAGAAGGCUGCGAGAAAGAAGAUUGGGAUAAUACGUGCGCCUACGAGUGGGACGUAUCAGAGUGGUCAAGCGCAUAAAGCCACGACGAUAUUCGACGAUUCGAAGGAAAACACACCUGCGUCGUCUGCAGGGUCAGCCAACGAUGGCCCGAUUAGUUGGGGUAUGGAACAUACUUCCCAGAAGACCAACAAGAGCAGCAAGGGCUAUGGUUCGAAGACCAAGAAUAUACACGCAGCACCACCUGCGAAGAAGUUUGGGAAAGCAGCGUCAAAGACUACGGGGCAGACCUAUGGAGUGAAGAACAAAUCGCGGGUUGGCCUGCCACAGGCUGGUGACGAUAGCGAUGCCAGUUCCAUUAGUCUAGACGACGAAGAGCUCUUUGCGCUGCCAAAAGACUGCGACAGACCACAAAACAAUAUCGAAGGACUGCGUAGACCGAAGAAGAAGGUGAAAGACACAAAAGCCGAAGGCGGCGAUGCUACACCUAAGAUACUCGAAGGCGAAGAGCUGGACAAGGAACUAGGAAUCACUCCAAUGAGCCCCAAGUCACUGAAGAAAGCAGAAAAGGCAGCCAGAACCGCCCAACUCCUUGGUCAACUCAACACCUGGAAAGAAAACCAGGAACCGCCAUCAUCACAGCCAGAUUCCAGCGCACCACAAGAAGCCCUCGACGACAUUAGCAGCUACAUCGGGAAGCUUCCCGACGUAGAGGAAGAAGGCUCACGAUGCACAUUAUGUUCGGAGCCAGUCGAGCAGGACGAAUACUGGAACUUCUGGAAAGGCAAGGAUAAAACUGUGAAGAACAAGUCUGCGUUCUGCCAUGCGCACAAGAAGAAGUCGGCACAGAAGGAAUACACACAGAAAGGGUACCCGGAUAUUGACUGGAAAGCGCUUCCCAGACGAAUACGCAGGAGCAAGGCGACUUUGUUACAAAUACUCAACAACGACCGGUCCAGUAUACACAGAGAUCGCUACGAACCACUGGCAUUGACUGGAAAAGCGGCGGCCGUACCUUCUAGACGAACGGAUCUCGCAGAAGACGUGCAAGAGGAACUGGAGUCGUACGCGCUUGACGAGAAGGCCGCUUACCCGGGUUACUAUGGCCCUCACGGCCGUCGCGUCAUCACGGAGAGCGUAAUGGAUACCCUGAAGGUCGAGAUGAAGAACUGCAAGGAUCGCGUUGUGCAAGCAUCCGGUAUCGCGGCCUUUGUGCAAGCCGUCAUGGUGCCUGAGGCGGCGAUUCUGCUCAUUAUGGACGAUUGUUCAGUGGGCAGGGAAGAGGCGGAUGAGAUCAGGGAGAAGACGUAUGAUAUGGGUCUUCUGCUGAAUGAGGAGAUUGAAGAUGUGCUUGAAAGACAGGACGAUAGCGAUGACGAGAACGAGUAUCAGUAUAAGUGA